AUAUCGGCAAAUUUUGUUACAUGUACCUUUUGCGUCCGCUCCAAGAAAAUCCGAUCUUCUCGACAAGCAUCAAGAAAUCUCCAGUUUACAAGCAGAGGUCUCCAAAUAAGUAAAAUGUGAUAUAGUGAGGGAUUGUAUUACCGACCGGCCUUGUAUUACCGAACGCGUAGCGUAAUUCAACUAAAAUGGCUUUAUACGCAUGGGACUACGCGUAGAAUGUUCUUCAUCCCUUCACACAGCUAAGACAGGACAGAAAUUCACAAGAUGAGGCGAAAAAAUGUAAGUAAUUCAUCAUAUUUCCAUUAAAAGUUACUAAUUUAUUGAAAAAAUGCUUUAUCAUUGAAAAUAUUUUCGUUUUAGAGCGAAAUUACCGUUAUUUCAGAGACCCUCGCGAACGUUCGUUUCGAUCUUGUUCGUUGCCGUCGGAGAGAGAGAGAGAGAGGGAGUGAUAUGCGGUGUGUGCCUUCUUUGUUUACACACGGGCAACCGUCGAUGCGAAGCAUUCGGUCGAAUCGGCCGUUUGAUCCGACGAAAGUUUGAGUGAUAACAAGAAAAGUGUGUGCAGAUUUAGUUUGUUGAGUUGUUCGUAGAUAGUGUAAUAAUAAUAUUUGAUGAAAUAAAAAAUGAAUAAUUCAAUGAACUGUAUGAUGUAUCCAAGUUGGAUCUAGAAAUGAGAAAAGUGAUUAUUGAAAUUAAUGGACUAGAAGUUAAAAUAACACACAUUUUUCAUUAAGUAAAGAGAUGACAGCAUGAUGAAAAAAACCCAGAUCAGUUUGAAACUUGAUAUUAAAGGAAAAGGAUAAUUAUUGCUUGAAAUUAAAUGGAUGGACGAUUGGAACGGCUGGAAAGAUAAUUAGAUAAUUGAAAAAAUACAGGGGCGGUGUCAUGGGGGUGGGCAUGAAUGAGUGAAUAUGAAAUUAAAAGAAAAGGAGAAUGAAGAAGAAAGGGAAAAGAAAAACUAUUCCAGUCUUACUUUGAUCUACUACCAAAAUAGAUUAUUUGCUUUUCUGAUGUUUUGCAUAUUUGUUUAUUAAUUUUAUUUAGGAAUUCCCGAGGAAAUGUCCAAAUCAACAUGGUCGACGCAAAUCAUACUCUGAGCUCAAUAUGGAGACUGCUCUCAAUCUUGUGGACGGAGGGGCCUCUCUUCAUUCAGCCUCAAAGAGAUGCAGCAUCCCUAAGACAACACUCCAUGAUAGAGUCCACAAGAAAUACAAAUGUUCCAAGUCAGGACCUCGUCCAGUGCUGUCCUUUACAGAAGAGGAACAGGUCGUAUCCCAUCUUAACUUUAUGGCUGAUCGAGGUUAUGGACUUUCAAGGAGAGAUGCAAUUACAUUGGCUAGUGAUUUAGCCAACAAUCUGAAGAGGCUGAAACAUCGCCCUGAACACAAACGCCGGCUGACUGUCAAUUGGUUUAAAGGGUUUCUUGGACGGUGGCCAACCAUCCGACUUGUAAAACCACAAGGUCUCUGUAUGUCUCGGGCGAAGUCAUCAAAGCCACAGAUCGUCAGGGACUACUUUGAUGAGCUAGAGAGAAUCCUGAGAAAGUACAAUCUUCUCGAAAUGCCCAGCCGGAUUUUUAACGUGGACGAAGUUGGUUUCAAUUGCGAACACCGGCCGGUCAAGAUCGUGACGAGGAAAUCAUGCCAUCGGCCACAGUCUAUUACUUCGCCGAGGUCAGCAUUGACGACACUCAUCGCAUGCGGAAAUGCUGCAGGUGAUAGUCUUCCUCCAUUCCUUGUUUUCAAAGGAAAAAAGGCCACCGAGACCCUGCGAGAAGGCGGACUACCAGGAACAUUGGUAGACGUAAGUGACUCGGGUUGGAGUAACUCGGAGUUAUUCCUCAAGUUUAUGAAGGAACAUUUCCUCCCCUACAUCAACGGAAGGAGGGCAGCUGGGGAGCCUGUAAUGCUGAUCUACGACGGCCACAAGUCGCAUGUGUCAGUCCCUGUCCUUCAGAUGGCGAGAGCUAACAACAUCGUGCUAUUCGUCCUCCCAGCUCACACCAGUCACUUCCUGCAGCCGUUGGAUGUUGGUGUAUUCUCCCCAAUGAAGGCACAAUACAAUACUUCAUGCAGUCGUUUUCUCAGACAACAACCUGGCCGAGUAAUUACUAGAUAUGACCUGUGUCACUUGAUUGGAGAUGCAUACAGAUGCUCUAUGAACAAGGGAAACCUUUCAGCAGGAUUCAGGGCCACCGGUAUCUUUCCUCUCAACCGAGAAAGGAUCGACAUCGAUGUCAUCUGCGGACCGUCAGCGCUUGUGAAUCCGGCACCAGUAGAGUCUGUAGAGAAUGCCGAACCUGCGACACCAACUGAGGCAUUUCUUGCUGAACGCCGCCCUUCUCAUCCACCACCAAGCCAAGAUCAGAAGAAGAGAAAGUACAAGUACCAAGCAGCUGGAGUUGCAGUGACAGAAGAAGGGAUCUACCUCAAGAUUCUCCGUGUAAAUAAUGGUGAUGUCGAUGAGGGUAAAGAUUUUACUCCGGCCGCUGCAACCACCUCAGUCGAAACGACUGCUGAUGAGACUCCGGCACGACCAGGACCGUCAGGAGCCUGUUCAUCCAUCACACAGCCCCGCAGAUUAGUCUUUGACAACGCCAUGGACGACGACACCGAUGACUACGGUGCUGAGGAUGAAGAUGACAAACCAUGCUGUGUCUGUGGGCAGAUGACACCCAAGUCUAUGGAUAGACGAGUUCUUACCAUCGUGAACUGGGUAAAGUGUGACAACUGUGAACAUUGGGUCCAUCUACGUUUCUGCUGUCGUUGGUUUAAGGCACCAAGGAGUUAUCUGUGUCCUUGUUGUAGUGACGAGUGAUUUUUUUCCUAGUUGAUCAACUUCUUUCUAUCUUGAAUUCUUCCUGUCCUUGAUUCAUCUUCCCCUUUAUAUUUUAUUCCUUUCUGUCAUCUAUCACUUUCAGUUUACAAUCAUUUUAGACAUGUGUAAUAUUUAUGUGAUUGUAAUGCCAUGCUAUUUAUUUUGUAUAAUUUUCAUUAUUUACUUAUUGUUGAUUCUGUUAUUUAUGAAUGAAACAUGACAACUAUAUGACUUCUUUGAAUGUUAUGAAUACAUCAUUGGAAAUGUGCAUGGAGUAUAUAUUUUAAGAUGUAUGAUAUUGUUAUCUUAACUUGUUAUUCAUUGGAAAUGUUGUGUG